AUGAAAAGACACCAUGUGCCAGGCAUUCCCUAUAUGCUUGGACUGACAAUCCUUAGUUUCAUACUUUUCACUUAUGAAUUCAACUCAAGAUUUAAGGAUUACAUUAGAUUUGAAAAAGACUUUGAUCUUAAAGUAAUGAUAUUGAUAAUUCUUAAUAUCUCAAUGCUUGUAUUAUUCUUUUAAACUGCAGAUUAUCAUAGAUUUGGUGGACUUUAUACUUACAUAUUUGUAACUCUAAUGACUAUCUACCUUACUUUUAGAUUGAUAUGCUUUAUUACUCACAAAAUCAGCAAAUCAAUUGGAAUUUUAAAAACCCUUAUAAUAUGGGGCUUAAUCAUCACUUAUUACAGCUAUAGAUUUCACACAUAUAUUUACUCUAGUUGCGAAAACUGGAAGAAAGGUCUCUCCGUAGGCCUAGAUGAGACUAAUAUAGAGUUGUGCAAGAUUCCUGAUGAUAUAUAAAUUUGUCCCUUUGAACUGACUGAUGGAUAUCUGGAUCUAUCCAAGCACUUUAGAAUGUUUCAAUGUGAGUACUAAGAAAUAAGACCUGACUAUAUAACUACAUACUACAAAACUGAAAAGCCUUAUAUUGGUCAUCCACUAUCCAAGAAUUUUAACUAUGAGUAAAGAUGGUUUGACACUUUUUAUUACGAGAUAAUUAAUAAUUCAAAGGGGUAUGAUACACUUGAGGAAGCACUCGUUAAUCAUGAGGUUAUUGUUGACACAAAGAAUUCUAAGAUGAUCACUAGUGUAUUAAGAAAUGAAACAUUAGUAAAGGAAAGAUAACAAACAAUGGAAAAAAGUAAUAAACUAAGAGGAGAUUUGCAAUAGAAUCUAAUGAUAGUAUUUAUUGACACGCUAUCAAGACAGAGGCUUCAUAAAAAAUUGCCAGAGACAGCUAAAUACCUGAAGGGACAAAAUCAUAAAGAAUUCUUUAGACUACAUUCACUGAUAGGAAGGACGCAAGAAAAUGCAGUCUCUAUUUUGUAUGGAAAAACGCUAGAGGAUUUUGUGCAUGAACCUGCUUAUGGUUAGGAUGACAGAAAAUUUAAAGGGCCACUUGAGGAAAAAUGGGAGUCUAUAUUUGAAGAAUUUAAAAAGCAAGGUUUUAUCACAGGCCAUACAGCCAAUAACUGUGAGACUAAUUUAUUCUUUUAGAAUGAUUUCUUUGACUAAUAUCUCAAGAAUUCAGCACCUGAUCAUGAAAAUUUGAGUCCGAUGUGUGAUCCACAUAUAAAAGACUAUCUAUCAGGAGAUAUGGACUUUAGAAGUUCGUUCGCAUCUACUCGCAGAUGUAUCUACAAUAAAGAUUCUUUCGAGUAUGUGUUUGAAUAUACACGGUAGUUCUUCAGUGCUUAUAAGACUGAGAACAAAAUGUUGUUUAUGACUUUUAUGGACAUGCAUGAAGGCACCUCUGAGGUCAUCAACUAUCUUGAUAAACCUCUUGCCCUUUUCCUUAAGGAAAUGGAAGAUGAAAAUACAGCAGUUUUCAUGUUUAGUGAUCAUGGGUUUCAUAUGGGAGGUAUUAGGAAGGAUCUGGCAGGCAGGUAGUAAGAAAUAGAGCUAUACAACUCAUUCAUGAUCAUGAAUAAUAUGCUUGGACUCACUGAAUAGUAAGAGAGAAUGCUCAACUUUAAUCAACAGAAAUUGCUUACUCACGUGCAUGUUUAUAACUUCUUCAAGUUUUGGGCAUCUGGUGUAGAUCCUAAUGACUAAAUGAGCAUGAUAUCAACACUGCCACAUGACAAGGACACUUGUACAUUUAUUGGUCAAACUUGCUUUUGCCAAAAUUUUUUCAAUGGUGGGAAAUAUUAGAUUAUACAAUGA